CCACACUCAGUCACCCACACUCCACCCAACCCCACUCCACCUCUCUUAAGAUGUUAACUCUUGUCGUUCUGUCCAUCUCUCGUUUCUGUAUUCGUCGUUAAGUCUUCUCAAUCUAUUUUCUUAAUUUGCAUUGAGGAAAGGCUUCACUUGGAUUCAGUUCUUCUUAUCCAUUAUGAGUCACUAUGAAAAUAGAAAAUCUUGAUAAAUUCUGAAGGCCACUAGAAUUGUUGCAUAUUUGUGUUCCAGUAUGCUCUUUCUGCUGUAGUUCUUGUCACAAUUCUACGAUUUUUUUUUGAAGUUGUGUGAAGGCCAGCUUCGCUUGCAUCCCUUUUUAGAUUUUGCAGAAGCUCGAAGCAUUCAGGUCAGGAAGUCGAGAAUCCUUUACACACUGUUCAUAUUUUGAUCUUCCUGAGACGCUUUUGAUUCUGAUAAAUUUCGAAAAUCCACCACAUAAUUUCAUGGGUACCCUGCUCCGAACGCACUAUAAGCUUGAAUAUCUGCACCCGCUUCAUGGGGUUGCACAAAAGCAAAAUCCUUUAAGUUCUUCAAAGCUUCAAAGGCAGGAUGUUGAGCUUCGUUCCAGAAGAGCUCAUAGGAAAUGGUGUAGGAAUGGUUGCAUUAGGGCUAGCAACAGUGCCCUUUUGGAACUCGUCCCCGAAACCAAGAAGGAGAACCUUGAAUUUGAGCUCCCGAUGUAUGACCCAUCAAAAGGCGUCGUCGUGGACCUGGCAGUUGUUGGGGGAGGUCCUGCAGGGCUUGCUGUUGCACAGCAGGUCUCUGAGGCUGGUCUCUCAGUAUGCUCUAUUGAUCCAUCUCCAAGAGUAAUUUGGCCUAACAAUUAUGGGGUCUGGGUGGAUGAGUUUGAAGCCAUGGACUUGCUCGAUUGCCUUGACACAACCUGGCCAGGGGCAGUUGUCUUCAUCGAUGACCAAUCAAGGAAGUAUCUUGAUAGGCCUUAUGGCAGGGUUAAUAGAAAGCAGUUGAAGUCGAAAAUGAUGCAGAAAUGCAUAUCUAAUGGUGUCAAGUUUUAUCAGGCAAAGGUCAUUAAAGUUAUACACGAGGAGUCUAAGUCUCUUUUAAUUUGCAAUGACGGAGUCAUCAUCCAGGCCACCAUAGUCCUUGAUGCUACUGGUUUUUCCAGGUGUCUUGUUCAGUAUGAUAAGCCCUAUAACCCUGGGUACCAAGUGGCAUAUGGGAUCUUGGCAGAAGUAGAAGAACACCCCUUUGAUUUGGAUAAGAUGGUUUUCAUGGAUUGGAGAGAUUCACACCUUAAUGACAAGAAGGAACUGAAAGAGAAAAAUAGCCAGGUUCCCACAUUUUUGUAUGCAAUGCCCUUCUCAUCCAAACGGAUUUUUCUGGAAGAGACGUCCUUAGUUGCUAGACCUGGAGUAGCCAUGGAAGAUAUACAGGAAAGGAUGGUGGCCAGAUUGAAACACUUGGGUAUAAAGGUGAAAAGCAUUGAAGAAGAUGAGAGAUGUGUUAUUCCAAUGGGUGGUCCCCUUCCUGUGCUCCCUCAGAGGGUUGUGGGAAUUGGUGGUACUGCAGGGAUGGUUCACCCCUCAACUGGGUACAUGGUGGCAAGGACACUUGCAGCAGCUCCAAUAGUUGCAAAAUCAAUAGUUCAGUACAUUGGUUCUGAGCAAGGGAUUUUGGGCAACGAUUUAUCUGCAGAAGUUUGGAAGGAUCUUUGGCCCAUAGAGAGGAGGAGACAGAGAGAGUUUUUCUGCUUUGGCAUGGAUAUUCUACUCAAGCUUGAUUUACAAAGCACAAGGAGGUUUUUUGAUGCAUUUUUUGAUCUAGAACCUCAUUAUUGGCAUGGCUUCUUGUCAUCUAGAUUGUUUCUUCCUGAACUUAUAUUCUUUGGACUUUCAUUGUUCUCUCAUGCCUCUAAUACUAGUAGAAUAGAGAUUAUGGCAAAGGGCACUCUUCCUCUGGUAAACAUGAUAAGCAACUUAGUACAGGAUAGAGAUUAAGAUGAUGGAUAUUCAUUUGGUGUAUGUUAAAUGCAGCAUUGUAUUUGUAUCUAAAAUGGUUAUUUUGUUGUCACAAAUAGAUGCCACUACAACUAUCUCAAGCUAGUCUGUAAUGCAAUUUUCUUACUGAACAUCAGAAAUUGACGUCAUUCCCCCAUUGAGUUGAAUUAGUAAUCAAUGUAUUUUCUGCAUGAGUCUAA